UCACCAUGUCGGACGAGUUUAGGCGCUCAAUACUCAACAGGCUCCCGCCUAUGGCGCCGACGCGCGCGCCGUGGGCCGAGAAGACGGACGAUGACGAGGAGGAGGAGCUGGACGGCGUCGGCGAGCUGGCUUCUGCUCCGAAGAAGAUGCUCGAGCCACUAAGCGCCUCGCAAUUCUUUACGCAAGCGCUCGAGGUAUCCCCGCCCUCCCGCGACACCGUCUACCGCGCAUACCUGUCCCCACCGACCGCGCCGCCCGCCGCGAACCAGCGCAACAAGCAGGGAAGCUACCUCAUCUGCCACCACGGCGCCGGUGCGAGUGGCCUGAGCUUCGCCGCGCUCGCUAAGGAGGUCACGGCGCGGAGCGGCGGCGAGCUCGGCGUGUUCAGCUACGAUGCGCGCGGCCACGGCAAGUCCCGGACGGAGGGGGACGAGCGAGAUCUCAGCUUGUCUACACUCGUGGAUGACUUCAUCGCUGUGAUUGAGCAGAUGUGGAGCGAUCCGAAGACGGCGCCGGCGCUUGUUCUCCUCGGCCAUUCGAUGGGCGCCGCGCCGAUCGUGCAUGCCGCCCCGAUGCUGCAGGAUAAAGGGUAUACUGUUGCCGGCGUCGGCGUGCUUGACGUCGUAGAGGGCACGGCGCUCGAGUCGCUUCCGCUCAUGAAGUCGAUUCUGGGGAAGCGACCCACGUCCUUCGAAUCGGUUCCAGAGGCGAUCGGGUGGCAUGUGUCGUCGGGGACGAUCCGGAACGAGACAAGUGCGCGCGUUAGUGUGCCCAGCUACAUCCUGCCCUCAGGAUCGGGGGACAAGCAGGUGUGGCGCACUGACCUCCUCGCGACGGAGCCGUUCUGGGAGCAAUGGUACACGGGCCUGAGCCAGAAGUUCCUCGCUGUGCGGUGUGCUCGCUUCCUCUGCCUCGCAGGGCAAGACCGCCUGGACCGCGACCUUAUGGUCGGGCAGAUGCAGGGCAAGUUCCAGCAAGAGGUCAUGCAGGAUGUGGGGCAUUACUUGCACGAGGACGACCCGGCCACGCUGGCGACGACGCUCGUGACAUUCUGGAGGCGGAACACGCAGGUGAUGGUGCUCCCGCCGAAGAUUGGCGGAGGUCGCCAGGAGGUCAAGCAUGUUGGGCAGCAAUAGUUGCAGCACUAGAUGAUGGGAUAUGUGGUGGACCCAUGGGGCCGCGUAACGCCGGCUGCUUGGGAAGCGUUGGAAGCGUUCGGAAGGUACGAGCGGUGGAGAACAAGGGGAGGAACGGUGGGCGUUGAGCGGCACGAGCGGGUGGGUCGGCAUAAGCGGUGACUCGCUUUGUUUACAGCCUGUCCACCUUGGCCACCUUGCGAAAAUUAGCUCCAGAUUAGUAGGACUGUACAGCAUGCACAG